AUGGGCCCCGUGGAGCUGCUGCACAUGUCCGUGUACUCCCAGAGCUUUUCUCCCUGUGGACGCUUCCUCGCAGCAGGAAACGGAUACGGAGAGAUUGGCCUUUUCAGUUUGUCUGCAGCUCUGAGUCCAGACUCCUCCCCUCUCAGCUACAGACCAGUGCUGACAUUCACAGCUCAUGCAGGUCCAGUCUUCUGUCUCAGCUCCUCAGAUCUUCAUCUUUUCAGCUGUGGAAAUGGAGAAGUGAGCGCCUGGAGCUGGAGCCACCUGCUCAAGAAGAAUGUCAAACCAGUGUGGACCAAACGUCCAGACUACAAACCUGGUCUUCAGAUCCCAGAGAUAAAUGCCCUGAUGCUGCGCAGCAGAGAGAACGUUCUGGUUCUUGGAGGCGGAGACAACAACCUGCACCUGCUGGACCUGGAGACUGGGGCCUUCACGGGUGUUCUGGCGGGGCAUCAGGACUACAUCCACUGUGUGUGUGAGCGCGAGCGCGAGGGUCAGAUCCUAUCGGGGUCAGAGGAUGGAACAGUGCGGAUUUGGGACGACAGGAAGUCUCAGAGCGCUCACUGCAUAGAGGUCCAUAAAUAUGAGAUGUGCGCUCGGCCACAGUUGGGGCGGUGGAUCAGCUGUUUGGCCACAGACAACGACUGGAUGUUGUGUGGCGGCGGUCCCUCGCUCGCCCUGUGGCAUCUGCGCUCUCUCUCUCCCACCUCAGUGUUUCCUGUGAACGGCUGCACACGACACGCAGCGUUUUACCAGGACAUGGUCCUGGCUGUGGGAGACUCCCCCCUUGUGUCGCACUGCAUGCUGGGAGGAGACGUGAAGGCCCAGAUCCCAACCUCCUCCCCAAGUCUCAACUGUUUCCAGAUCAAUGACCGCAGCAGUGAGCACCGGGUGCUGACUGUAGGGGGCAGCAGUGACCACAUCGAUGUCUUCACAAACCUCUCCUACAGAGCCUUUUCUCUCUCCUUCUGA